CUACAUCCUCUCCUCUACGUUUUUCCUGACUCUAGCUCUCGAACAUUGCGGACUGGACCCUCAUUGCCCUGCAGACACCGCCGCUGUAACGAUGAUCAGCGUGCAGCACGAUCCUGCAGACGGCUCUCUCUCCCUGCUUUCAACCACUCCUCGCCCCGUGCUCCGGGAGGGAGAGCUGUUGGUCAAGGUAACAAUAAAAUGGCUCGUGCAAGUGGACAUUCACUUGUGCACGGAACCUUUGUACGAGAAGCUAGCUCUAGCUGUAGUCUGUUGCAGGUGAAGGCUGCGGGGGUGAAUAGACUGGACCUCCUCCAGGCAGCUGGCAGAUAUCCCCCUCCUCCUGGGGACUCCCAGAUACUUGGAGUAGAGGUGUCUGGUGUUGUGGAGGAGAUAAGUGAUGCAGUGGCUGGCCUGACAGGUUCAAAGAAAGGAGAUCCGGUCAUGGCUCUGGUGGGAGGAGGUGGAUAUGCAGAGUAUGCUGCAGUGCCAUACCAGACAGUGACCAAGAUCCCAAGUGGAGUCACCUUCCCCCAGGCUGCUGGGAUAAUGGAGGUAUUCCUGACUGCCUAUCAAGCCCUCACCUGGAAUGGCCAUCUGAAAGAUAACGAAACCAUCCUAAUCCACGCGGGAGCUAGUGGUGUUGGGCUUGGCAGCAGUGCAGCUGUGUAAGGCUCUUUUCAAGAACAUCACAAUCAUCACUACAUCAGGUACGGAUGAAAAGGUGAAGGUAUGUAGGGAGUAUGGUGCCCACCUAUCCAUCAACUACAAACAGAAAAACUUUGCAGAAGAAGUUCUUAACUUCACUGGGAAUAAGGGUGCUGACGUGAUAAUAGAUUUUGUUGGAGCCAGUUACUGGGAGAAUCACACUCGGUGUGUGGCAGUGGACGGUCGCAUCGUCCUCCUUGGACUGUUGGGAGGAGGUGUCACAGAGAACCCUCUGGAUAUGGGUGUUCUGCUGAGGAAGAGGGUCAGCCUUGUUUGCUCCACUCUCCGCUCAAGAUCAUUGCACUACAAGCACAGACUUGUCCAGGAGUUUGCAGGUUGCUGUCUCCCUCUGUUUGGAGACGGAGGGCCGCUGACAGUACCAAUCCACCACGUCUACCCACUGGACCAGGCCAGUCAGGCCCACUCCACCAUGAGGGAAAACAAGAACAUUGGAAAACUCAUUCUAGAGAUUUAGUUUGGUGCAUUUGCAGUUUAAUAUUGGUGUAGUCUGUUGCGGCAGCUUACACGUGCUGAUGUAUAGUGACUGGGGAGCUAGUCUAUUACACCAAUGACUGCUCUCUUUUUUUACCCUUGAACUGCACCACAUUCAUGUGCCAUCAAAUCUGAAUCAGAAUUAUGUAGUCUAACAUCUAAAGUC